AUGUCGGGAAUCCAGCGAUUCUUUGGGAAAACGCCGAAAGCCGCGAAUCCAUCAGCGUCACAGGCAUCUACCACAACCGAUAAGAAGCGUCCAGCAUCACGUGCACAAGACAAUCUUACCGGCUCUCUGAUGGAAUUUGAAGAUUCUGAUGGUGAGGGAGAACAUCCAAUUCCACGUUCUGUCCGACGACAAGCACAAGCGCACGCACAGGAAGCAAAAGCCGAUGAAAAAGCUCCUCGAGGACGAAGGAGAAAAGCGGUCCUUGCAAGUGAUAGUGAUGAUGAAGAUUUUCUGAUCACGAGCCAACCAGCCAAAGCAACGCCUAAGAAAAAGAAUCCUGUUGCCCCGGUUAAACGAGCAAGAUUUGAAGACGAUAGAUCACCACAAAAGGGACCCACAAAGAACACGAAACAAAUCCACUUGGUAGAUGACGAUGAUGAAGAUGAAUUGGUUUCUGUAACGGAUAGUGAAGAUGAGUUUCGUGAGAAGAAAAAGCCAAAGAAAGCACUCCCACCUGGACAAACGAAGCUAAACUUUGAGAAGAAGACAAAACAAUCCGAACCUGUUAAAGGUAAUACUCAAUCCAAGAAAACGACUGACGCGGCUUCUUUUUUUGGCGAUGCGCCACGGCAAAAGGCGCCAGCAAGAGGGCAAAGCAAGAACGUUGCCGCAUUUGACACCAAAUAUGAUGAUAUCCUGCUGGUGCCUAAUAAAAAGGAUGCCGAGUCAAAGUCACACAUGCACAUCAGUCCUUCGUCUCAGAAAGAAAACUUCUCUCGGAAAACAGAAAACUUCGUUCAAAUGGGAGAUGAAGUUUAUGAAAUCGUAGAUACGCUUGUGGAUAUCCCUCAUCAAAAUAAGCGACGAACUCCCGUGAUUUCUUCUCCUUCUAAACCAGUCAAUUUGUCGGUCACAGUGUCAAGGCCUGACUUGCCACUAGCCGUUCCAUGGGUCGACAAGUACAAGCCACAAAAUCCUCAAGAAUUGAUUGGGAUGAAUGGUGACAAGAGCCCGUGGAAUAAAUUGAUUGGCUGGCUUCGUGAUUGGGCACAACACAAUUUGGGUGAAGCUGGAAGAACCAAGAAACCACGCCCUCCACCAUGGAUGGCCGGACAAGAAGGAUCGGCUUUCAAGGCGGUUUUGUUGAGUGGACCUCCCGGUAUUGGCAAAACAACUUGUGCCAAAAUGGCUUGUGAGUCUCUUGGUUUUCAAACCGUAGAGAUGAAUGCGUCAGACGUUCGAAACAAGAAACAUCUCGAAGCGCAUGUUGCUCAAUUGACUGGCUCUCACCAGCUUGAAGAAUAUUUUGGUGCUACAAAAAAUCCGAUCAGUGACGUGCGCCAUGUUUUAAUCAUGGAUGAGGUUGAUGGUAUGAGUGGAAAUGAGGAUCGAUCUGGAAUCAGCGAAUUGAUGGAUAUCAUCAAAAACACAAUGAUUCCAAUCAUUUGUAUAUGCAAUGACCGUGCUCAUCCAAAAAUGCGUACUUUGGUCAACUACUGUUUUGAUGUCCGCUUCCAACGACCACGCGUGGAACACGUUCGGAGCCGUAUUAUGAUGAUUGCAGUACGAGAAAAGUUGCGGAUGUCCAAAGAAGAUAUUGAUGAAAUUAUUGAGCUUUCCAAUCAUGACGUCAGACAAUGUAUCUACAAUCUCCAAAUGCGCAAAGCCAUUCCCGAAAUGCACAUUACACAAAAAGAUGUGACGAUUAAUGCUUUCGAAGCAGCUCGACGUUUACUUAGCAAAUCUUCGACUCUACGAGAAAAACAGGAAAUGUUUUUCGUUGAUUAUGGUAUUAUGCCGCUCUUUGUCUUUGAAAAUUAUCUCCAUCUGACAAACAAUGAACGAAGCAAAGUCGACCAUUUGGCCAGUAUUCGUCGAGCGGCUGAGUUCAUCGCUAUGGGUGAUAUGGUGGAUAAACAAAUUCGUAGUGGUGGCGCUUGGAAAUUGCUAAAUGAACAGUCAAUGCUUUCUGCUGCCUUACCUUCUAUGGCUAUGGAUGGACACUUAAAAACACAGAUUUUGUUCCCCGCAUGGCUUGGUAAAAACUCGACAGCCGGUAAACGAUUGCGCCUCACUCGACAAAUUGCUCAACAUUCACAUCUUAGAAUCUCUGGAGAUACGUGCGCCUUGGUCACUGAUUACAUUCCUGCAUUGCGAACCAAGAUUACAAGGCCUUUGAUCGAUCACGAAAAUCUGGGAGUUCCAGAAGUUGUUGCCACUUUCGUUGAAUACGAUUUGAUUCGAGAUGACGCUGAUGCUAUCGCUGAGCUGGCUGUGUGGCCCGGAAGAAAAGAUCCUGGAGCGGCUAUUGCUGCUAAGACAAAGGCUGCUCUGACUCGAGCUUUAACAAAAGAGCACCGUGUGCUACCUUAUGCUCUUGACGACGUUGGAAAGGGAAAGAAACGCGGGGGUGCCAGCGAUGCCCUUGAAGUGGAAAUCGACGAGGAAGGUUUUGUGGUGGAGCGUGGUGGAGCUGAAGGGGAGGAAGAGCAAGAAGAGACUGAAGAGAGUAACGACAAGCAGGAGGCCGCUGGAGGCAACAAUGCAGGUGGAAGCUCAUUGGCGCAAGCAGCUCGGGGACGCGCUGGUUGGCGUGGAGGACCGCCUCGUGGUCGUGGAUCGACAGUGAGAGGUGGACGAGGUGGACGAGGUAGAGGAAAA